CCGGACUUAAAGAUGAUGGUACCAUGGCGAAUCACUUGGAUGAAUUCUUGUUUCAAGUAAAAAAUAUAGAUGCAUCGAACCUGUACCUAACAAUUGAUCAUCAUUGUGACGGUGGAAUCAUGCAUAAGGUGCAUUAG